UCAAAUGCUCAUAUCAUUAAUUAUAACACAACAUGUAACAUGCUACACGGGCCACCCUAACAAGUUAACAACCACUCAACACCUCUAUAUAACAUGCUAACACCCUCAAAUCCUUUUCUCACACACUAAAAACACAAAACAUCAUUCAUCACAAUGCAUAAGAGCACCUCCUCCUCCUCCCUCGGUCCCGACGGCCUCGACCUCACCAAAAAAUUCUUCACCCACAUUAACGGCGGCGCCCCUAUCGCCCCCACCAAACGCAGCACUAAGAUAACCGUCGUGGGCGUAGGCAACGUCGGCAUGGCCAUCGCCCAGACCAUCCUCACCCAAGACCUCGCCGACGAGCUCACCCUCUUCGACGUCAAGGAAGAGCAGCUCCGCGGCGAGAUGCUCGACCUCCAGCACGCCGCCGCCUUCCUCCCCCGGACCAAGAUCAGCGCCUCCGCGGACUACGCCGCCACGGCCGGCUCCGACCUCUGCAUCGUGACCGCCGGGGCGCGGCAGAUGCCCGGCGAGAGCAGGCUCAAUUUGCUGCAGAGAAAUGUUGCGAUAUUCAGGCAGGUUGUGCCGCCGUUGGCGGAGGUGUCUCCGGAUUGCAUAAUCUUGGUGGUUUCGAAUCCGGUUGAUGUGCUGACCUACGUGGCGUGGAGGCUGUCCGGGUUCCCGCCGAACCGGGUCAUCGGGUCGGGCACGAACUUGGAUUCGUCGAGGUUUCGGUUCUUGAUAGCUGAUCACCUUGACGUCAAUGCGCAGGAUGUGCAGGCUUACAUCGUUGGAGAGCAUGGGGAUAGCUCAGUGGCGCUAUGGUCAAGCAUAAAUGUGGGUGGUGUUCCAAUCCUCAGCUUCUUAGAGAGACAGCAGAUUGCAUAUGAGAAAGAAACACUCAAAAACAUACACAAUCAAGUGGUCCAAAGUGCCUACGAAGUUAUACGUUUGAAAGGCUACACUUCGUGGGCUAUCGGCUAUUCGGUUGCUAGCUUGGCUCGUUCAAUUUUGAGGGACCAGAGACGGAUUCAACCCGUCUCCGUUCUUGCGAAGGGCUUCUACGGCAUUGAUGGCGGUGAAGUCUUCCUCAGCCUGCCGGCUCAGCUCGGCCGCAGCGGCGUAUUGGGCCUGGCUAAUGUACAUCUCACUGAUGAGGAAGCUCUACAGCUCAAGAAAUCUGCCGACGCCAUUUUGUUGGUGCAAAGUCAAUUGGACAUUUAAUUUGAUCAUCAAAAAAAUUUAUGGUAUAUAGUCGAUUUAUAAGUUGUGUGUUCCUCAAACAUUUAAUUGCAUUUGCUCAAUACUUAUGUUGUAUGAGUCGUCUAAAGUUAUAUAAGUGGUCAUAAUAUGGCGCCUUAUUGGUUAAUGGGAACAUACAUGAUCGAGCCGCUGUAUUUGGUUGAUUCAAUACAUGUUUCUUGAAUAUAUAUAUAUGUCAAUUAUUCUUAAUUAUA